GUAUGGGCUUAUUUUUUGACCGAGACUCACUAAACCACUCUCUUCAUCACUAGUGGUUGCUCUCAAAAACAAUAGAUAAACAUCAAUUUGGUUAAAAUGUCAAAAAAUUGGAAUUUGUGUACGUAAAUGACGUUUCAAUUCAUUGGUGAGGUUUUUGAGGUCGUUCAGUCGUUGGUCCAAAUAUUCAUUUUCUGGAAGGGAAACGUCCCUCUCAAUGCCCCUUUUAUCACUCCUCGUCACCAAUUUCAAAAAAUUUACCAAAAAAUUGUGAAAAUAUGGUGUACGUAACAUCGUACGUCUACGUAUGGCACCCAUAUGGCACCAAACAUUACGCAUAGGUACUGUUCACACUUCUUCAUCCCCACUAUUCUCACCAUCCCCAAAUUUCCGGUUUCCUUAAUUCCUUAUCACACUUUAUUCGGCGUGUUGCUUAUCAAAUUUAUUCGUAUGAAAAUACUUGUGGUACGUAACAACGUAACUAGCACAGUUCGAUUAUCAUGUUUAAUUUUUGUUUUAUGUUAUAAAAAUUCAUCUCAGUGAAAUAUCAAGUGGCAUUGUGCAUAUCAGUAUAAUGGCUCAAAAGUUACAUCCUAAUAUUGAAUGUUUACGAUGGAUUGUCGGUAAAUGGGAAAGUUUUGAAGUCAGCGGUCAAUACCCUACUGUAAAAGAUUUCAAUUUUCGUGAAACCAUCGACUUUGAAUCCAUAGGACAACCUUUAAUCAAUUACAGUUCAAUUGCCAGAAACUACGAGACCGGUGCUCCAAUGCAUUUAGAAAGAGGAUUCUUAAAAAUUAAACCCAACACCAAUGAAGCAGCUUUAAUAGCCUCUCAGAACUCUGGAAUCAGUACAAUAGAGGAAGGUAGCGUGGAAGAAAAAGUACUCAGCUUGGAAACAUCGUCUAUAUGCAGGCCAUCUUUCGCCAAGCAACCUUUCGUCACCAAGUUUCAAAGAAAAUAUUGGCUCGAAGAAGAUGUUUUAAAUUACGAACAACACAUGGAAACCGAAAACACUCCUUUACAGAAACAUUUAUUCGUCAAGUACCGCAGAAUCGAAUAAGUUUUUGGGCAGAAAUAUGAUAAAAUUAAGAUUUUAGAAAAACAAGUAUUCGAUCAGGAAUGAAACUACCCAUUUGGAACAUCGUUGAGAUCAACUUUUAUUCAUCAUCAUCAAAGUGACACCGAUUGAGUCGUUGUAAAUCAUGAAGAAGCGCAAGAGCUAAUCAUUAUCAAAACGUAAUUUUAUAAAACUCCGUUUCAAUUUCAAUUUAUUGAUGUACUCAUAAAAAUUUUAGAGGUACAUAUAUGUAAUAACUUACUGAAGGUAAAUGAGAUUUAUAAAAUAAAUGGUACAAAAAUAAGAAGUGUUACUAUAAGAAAAAGGAGGCUACAUAUGCAAGGCAAGACGACGAACUUUUUUUUUGCAAGCGUUACGAAAAAUAGCUCAUUAAGUGUUUGCUGACUAGUCAAAAUAUGUUAACAUGUUAAUAAGAAAUCAACAAAGAACACAUAUUUGUCACAGAUGUGAAAAUAUCAAAAUUACUAUAAAAAUUAUUAUCAGUUACUCACAAUAUGAUCAUUAAACCCUCAUCAUAAUUAUCAGCUAUCAUUAAAAAUAUAAGCUCUCAGAUAGAUAAAAUAAAAUUAUACGGUUAAAAAAGCCAUCCUUUCGAUACAAUUAUUGCCAUUUUCCCCCAUUACGUAAUAGGUAGGUACAUGAUGAUGAUUGAUAACUUUUCAGUCUUGACAUUUCGAUUGAGAUUUAAGUAGGUAUGCUUAAAGCAUUUAAAAAAUACUGCAUAAAAUUACAAAGAAGCAUUUGAUAAUAAAUUAUGAGACGAAUCGAGUAUUCGAAU